GUGUGUGUAUAAAGCGGUGUGUCGUUUCGUCGCUGCACCGAUCGAACCGUGCGAUUUUUCUCUGCUCUCGGGAGAGGCUGCCUUUGUUCGCGUGCACCGGGAUAUCGAUAUCUCGGCCAGUGGCGUGUACGAAAACGGAAACGGAGGAAGCGUUGGCUGCUCCUCCGGGCUGCUCGUUGUCGCCGUGCGUCGGGAAGGUAGUACAGUGGGGUGGAGCGGCGCCGUCCCGACGUCGCUCGCGGACCCGAUAACACCGGACCACGAUUACCCAGUGCCCUAGUCUUCGAAUGUGCGUGUGCUUACGCGCGUGUACUCGCGUCGAGUCGUAAUUACGCGAGAGAGAAAGAAAGAAAGGGAAGGAGAGGAAAAAUGUGACUGUGAAAUUGAGGAGAGAGAGAAAAAAAAAGAAAAGAAAAGAACGAUCGAGACGUUUUCGAGAAUGAACGCGUUCGAGAAUAUUUGAAAGAGUUAUUAUGAAACCGAUCAGGACGUUGAGGAUCGUAUCUUCGUUCACGAGAAAGGAUCGUGUUACUUGACCUAUCCGUCAUUAUCGUGACUGCUACUAAAAUAUUCUCCCAAGUUUUGAAAAAAUAGAUAUAAUAAUCGUUUUCGUGGCGAAGCAAGUGUGAAUAAGAUAGAGAAGGAAGAAUUAUCGAGGGAGGGGUAAGAUCUUGGAGGGUAACCCCCUCGAGUAGGGGGCACCCUCUUGCGAGAACCCAGCUGGCCUGUGCAUGAUUCCGUCACUGCACGACGGUGGUGACGAAGGGGCUGAUGUCAGUGCGGCCACUCGGCGCCCGCUCCGUGGCUCGGAUGCGCGAACGCGACACCCGCAUCGUCGUCGUACCGCGAGUGAAGCUCCCGGCGGAGGCGGAGGCGGCAGUAGCAGCGGCCGAUGACGGUGAUGGUCAGCCGCGAAACAGUGGUGACUGGUGACUGGUGCACGAUCAAACGCAAUCUCUGUACACGGCCGCUCUGUACACCGUGGUGCCGUGGCGGCGGUCGGUCGGUCGGUUCCGGGGGCGCAGCUUCGGGGAAAUAAUGCGCGUUAGGCACGUUACGAGACGACGAGGACGACGGUACGAAGCGAGGGACCCGAGCGGCCAGCCGCGGGUGCAGCUGCAGCAACGCAAUUAUGUACGCGUACGGUUUCGAGAUCACGUAGUGGCUGCCGUGUAAUUAUGUUGUCAUCGACGCGCGGCGCGCCCUGUGUAGCUUCACGGUGAAAAUCUGGCGUGAGCGGUGCCGCGGUGGAACGGGGAACAUGGCGUCGGUCUCGGCCGAGACUCCAGCCAGCCAUGGGCACAGCUUCAGCAAGAAGACGUUUCACAAGCCGACGUACUGCCAUAGCUGCACCGACAUGCUGUGGGGCCUCAUACAGCAGGGGUACAUCUGCGAAGUUUGCAACUUCGUGGUGCACGACCGCUGUCUCAAGGCCGUCGUCUCUCCCUGCUCCAGCAUCGCGGCAAGCCUCAUUAAGAAUCCAGUUGCACACUGCUGGUCCGAACAGGUACAUCAUAGAAGAAAAUUCUGCAACGUCUGUCGUAAACGGCUCGAUGAUAAUCUAUCCAUACAUUGUGAAAUAUGCGAAUACUUCGCGCACACGGAGUGCCAGGAUUUUGCCGUGGCAGAUUGCAAGGAGAACGCCACGUAUCUGCCCGGGAAGGACUUGGCGCAGGUAAACCACACUCAUCACUGGCGAGAAGGCAAUCUUCCCAGCAGUUCGAAAUGCGCUGUCUGCAAGAAAAAUUGUUUUUCUGCCGAGUGCCUUUCCGGGUUUCGUUGCGAGUGGUGCGGCAUGACGUUGCACUCUUACUGUUAUAAAAAUAUCCCGCAAGAAUGCACGUUUGGGAACUUGGAACCAAUCUACUUACCACCACACGCAGUCAGCAUUCCACGUACGGAAGUUCCCAUGGAGGCCAUCAUCGGUGUACAAGUACGUCGAAAAGAAGCCCUGGCGCGUGAGUAUUCCUGCCAUAACAUCGGAGAGCAAUUCGAUUUCGCUGAGAGUGAACAAAUUGGGGCUGCAGGCCGUCUAGCCGAAGCUUUGAGGCGCCUUUCACUAGUUUUGCCACGUAGCUGCCAUGGAAAAUGUCAUGCUUCCCCUCCUUAUGUUCGAGCACGAAGCAUAUCGGAAGAGUUCAGCAGCGGGGAUGCAAGGUAUCGCGACAACGGCGAACCAGGACCGGGUAGCGCGCACGGUCGCGAUCCGCGUUCACCGAAGGAGAAAGAAGAUAAAGAAAGAGGUGACGAAGAGAUGAUCAAGGUGUACGACGGCAACAAUUCCCUGAGGAGGCGGAUAUUUCGGGUGAUCACGGUGCCCCGGCAAGCCACCACCGAACAGGUCCUGACGUCGGCGCUUCGCGCAUUUCACAUCACGAAAGAUCCUAGCAACUUUUACCUCACCGACGUGUACGCCACGGAUGAAACCGAAUUAUGCGAUCCAAAUCCGGUUCUGAACUUGAAUCGAAAAGAGGGCAAACGUCCGGCUGUCUUCUUACGGUUCAAGGAUAGCGAAAGCGGAGAGGUACGCGUCUAUCCGGGCAAAUUACAGGUGUCGGAGUCGUUCUGUAUAGUGCCUGUCACAGAGGCGACAACGAUCGCGGAUUUGAUCGAGGAAGCGCUUCAAAAGUUCGGCUUGCAAAAUUUUAAAUCGGAAGAUUACAGAUGCAGCGAGAUUCUUCUGGAUCAUGGUGUCACCGAAAGAGUGUUGUGCCGCGACGAGAAGCCGUGGGAAAUCGUGAAGCAGCUCGGCAAAGAUUCGAUCAGGCAAAUGGAAUUGAUGCGGUUUUACCUUCAGCUUAAACAGGAUCCCCAUGGACCCAAUUUAGCUUUGUUCGUGGGAAAUUUGCCGCCAAAUCUCUCCGAAAGGAGUUACGAGAACAUGUUGACCGAAUUCUUAGGCAAAGAAAACAAAUUCUCAUCCAUCGGUCCGAUAUACUACGAGUACGGGUCGAUGGUGAUCAUUUACGAGGACUCGAACAAGGCUGUUACAGCGUUGUACACGUUAAGGGAAUCAAAAUACGAGGACAAACAUCUUUUAGUUAUGCUGUUACCAAGUAUCGAGCCGAGCAUGGUGCCUCCUGGUGUUCAACCUCUACUCGUGUUCGUGAACGUGAAAUCUGGCGGUUGCCAAGGGCUUCAAUUGAUCUCCAGCUUUCGAAAACUUUUGAAUCCUUAUCAGGUGUUCGAUCUCGACAAUGGAGGUCCGCUUCCUGGCCUCUACGUUUUCCGUCACAUAAAGGAUUACAAAAUCUUGGUUUGCGGUGGCGACGGGACAAUAGGAUGGGUGUUGCAGUGUUUGGACAACGUGGGCCAGGAUAGCGAGUGUUCCUCGCCUGCUUGCGCCAUUGUUCCCCUUGGCACAGGAAACGAUCUUGCCCGUGUCCUGUGCUGGGGUUCCGGUUACACAGGCGACGAAGAUCCCCUCAACUUGCUUCGGGACGUGAUCGACGCGGAAAAAUCCAUGCUGGACAGGUGGACGGUUGUGUGCCACACGGAGGAGAAAGAGGACAAGCAAUCGUCCACUAACGCGGGAGGAGCGGGUGCACCCAGCGAAGACAAUACGCAAAUAUUGGUGAUGAACAAUUACUUCGGUAUCGGCCUCGAUGCCGAUCUCUGUUUAGACUUUCACAACGCCAGGGAAGAAAAUCCGAACAAAUUUAAAAGCAGAUUGCGUAACAAAGGGGUGUACGUGACAAUGGGUUUGCGAAAAAUGGUAAAACGGAAACCGUGCAAAGAUUUGCACAAAGAGAUACGACUGGAAGUGGACGGGAGACUCGUCGAAUUACCUCAAGUCGAAGGAAUAAUUAUUCUAAACAUUUUAAGUUGGGGUUCUGGGGCAAAUCCUUGGGGACCAGACAUCAAGGAAGACCACUUUCAAACACCGAAUCACGGGGAUGGGAUGUUGGAGGUGGUCGGAGUCACGGGUGUUAUGCAUCUUGGACAAAUCCAAUCUGGUCUCCGUACAGCGAUGAGGAUAGCACAGGGUGGACAUAUAAAAAUUCAUUUGUACUCCGACAUACCAGUACAAGUAGACGGAGAACCAUGGAUCCAGAGUCCGGGGGAUAUCGUAGUUUUGAAAUCGGCACUGACGGCCACGAUGCUGAAGAAGACCAAGGGUAAAAUGAAACGGCGUAACACAGAGUCGAGCAUGCAGCUGGCGCUUCAGGCAGCAGCCUCGAACGAUCCGGAGCCUGAACUCUUCUGAGUGUCCGAAUAUAGAGUCCCGUGCAAGCGGAUGGAUGUCACGACACGAGUAUUAUCACGUAUUUGCACGCAUAAGUGGCACGGUUGUAGCACAACACGCAACAAACGAAAUCGGCCUCGAAAUUCGUCUGUCUGACCACGGUCACGCGCUGUCACGAACUUAUUAUUUCUAGUAAGCACAAAGAGCGGAGAAAAAAAAAAAAGAAAGGGGCGAGAAAGAGAAGGAUCAUACACACGAAUAAUAUAUAUAUCUACCAUAACUGUACACUGAUAUACUGAUGCAUAUAUACAUACACAAGUGAGUACAAUUUUUCUCUUUGAUGAAUAAAAAAAAAAGAAAGAAAGAACGCAAGCGGGAGCUCCUUUAGGAAAUAAUUGAGAAGAAAAGUGCGAAAUCUGAUGAUUUUACUUAUCAUUACGCGAACCUCUCUCCGUGACCGUUAAAGAAUCCAGGAAAUGGGAGGAAAGGAAAAAAAAAAAGAAAGAAAAGAGAAAGAAGAAAAGAGGACAACAUACGCUCGUCUAUGUGGACACAUCAUUAUAUAAACUCAAGUAAUCUUUAAUGUCCUUUUUCCGAAUUGCUAGGAUGAAAACAACUAGAUCUCAUUUUUAAAUGUUAAUAAUCAUUAAUUGUAGCAUUGUACGUAGCUUUGAUCGAUAUUUUUUUAGUAAAACGAUAAAACGAUAAAAGAGAGAGGAGGAUUAAGAGAGAAGAGCGAACGAAUGCAUGAACGCGAGAGAGAGAGAGAGAGAGAGAUUUUAUGUAUGUUUUACGUAUGUAAGGGAAAAAGAAAGAAAGAGAGGGAGAGAAAGAGAAAAAUGAAGCGAAUCGUGGAAGAGUGAAAGGAGUGUUAUACAUGAUAGGAUAAUUAAAAAUCACGUUACCAAGAACAGCAGCAGUAUUGAAACAAGUUUCUCCCCGAGUUUAAUUCGCUUGACAGUCAUAUUUGCGCAUUUACGUUGUAUAGUUCGUUAUUUAGUCUCGGAAAUGCGAUCGAAAGAAAGAAGUGAGAAAAAAAAAAAAAAAAUGUAAUUGUACAUGACAUUUCGUAUUUGAUAUUUUACUAAUUUACAGUAAGUAUCAUGAUACGAAUCCCGUAAAUCACGAAUAUCGAAUACAUACAAGAUCAGUUGUUAUCUAUUAAUAUAAUAUAUAUAUAUUAAAAAAAAAAAUAUAAAUAUAUAUAUAUAUAUAAAAUAUUUAUGAUUAUAAAUAUUAAUAUAUUUACAAAAGAGUAAUGUAUUAGUAUUACAGUUUUAAGUUGUGAUAACUGUUGUGCGUCUGACUGCUGGGCAGUCUGGAAUUUAUAAGAAAAAAAAAAAAAAAAAAAAAAAAAAACAAAAAGAAACAAAUACCAGUGGCAGUCAGUUAUUUCAUAUUAUAGAAUAAACGAGAUAAUAAAAAAUAAAAAUCGAAAAGAGGGAGAAGAGAGAGUAGUAGGAUGAAUGAUGAACGAGGAGGAAAAGAGAGCGGAUGGAAAGCAAAGAGAAAAUUUAUCUGAGAUAAAGAAAAGAAAAGAAAAGAAAAGAAAAAUAGUUAAAUGUGACGCGUUUCCGGUAGGGUUUUAAAUCGGCGGCUUGAACGUUUUGCCAACUCGUCUCGAUGACGAUCUCACACGAUCUUGAAUCCCGAUUGAUUGGAUUCGUGCUUGUGACAAAAUAUUUCAUAUAUAACGAAUAAAAGUAUCACGAAAAAUUCAACGUCAAACAAAUGAAGGAAGGAGAGGGAAGGAAGGUCGGUGGCGACUUGGCAACCGUUCUCACUUCGCGGCUCUGGCAAAAAUGUUCUCUGUCCAAUCGAAGAAAGAAUCAAUUUUACCGGAGCCGCAUGGAUAGGCAAACACUACAUUCCACUGAAAACGUGGUUGCGAUAAGCAAAGAUGGACACACAUGUACAUUUCUAAACUAUGCCAAAAAAAGAAAAAAAAAAGAAACUUCUAACGUGCUAACACUUUCAACUGCUGUUUGGACACCUCUCGAUAUAUGCAGGGUUGAGACAAUUCUCUGGUGGUGAAGAAGAGAAGAAGAAGAAGAAGAAGAAGAAGAGGAAGAGGAAGAGGAAGAAGAAGAAGAAAAAGAAAAACGCGAAGCAUAGGAUCGGGAAGAUCGUCUAUGGGAAUCGUUGGUGAUUUUCGGCGUACGAUUCGUAUACACGAAGAGAGAAAGUGAUAUUCGAAGAGGCGGCUGAUUGGAUCGGGAACGAAGUGAUCGCACGCAUCGUUCCGAUUUAAACACGCACGUCGUGGAUCGUGUUCAUAUUGGACCCUUUAGUUGGCAUCAAUUCGAUUAAGAGACAAUUCCGGUGCCAAACAGUUGUACAUAAUACUGUAAAUGUAGGAGUAAAAAUGGUAACAAUAAGGGGAAAAAAGACAAAAAAAAAAAAGAAAAAAACAAACAAACAAAUCGUUAUUCCGAGCGUCUGAGAGAAAGAAAAGAAUAGAAACCAGGUGCUGUUUGUUACAUCCCGGACAUUCUAGAUGAACGAUCGUCCCUGUUUAGGAGUUAUGAUACCGAUUUUUUGGGGGGAAACAAAGGGAAAAAAAAAAAAAUAGAAAGAAAAGAGGAGAAUAAAGAAACGUGUCGCGUGCGUUCCGAUCGAUCGAAAGUUAAAAAAAAAAAAAAGAAAAGAAAACUCGACGAUGCGUUUCGCGCGCGAACCGUCGUAAAAAAAAAAAAAAAAUGUAUGGAAACGUGUCAAAUAGGAGUAGAAGAUGUGCGCGAGGGUCUUUUAAUUUUUCCGUUUUACGAGACGAGACGCUUGUAGAAAUACGCUCCUGCAUCUCUUAGCUACUUUGUAGAAUCUUUCCUUCCUCCUCUUCCUCCUUCUCCUCCCCUUCUCCCUCCCACUCUCCUCCACCCCUUAUUCCCCGAGUGUCUUCUCAAACGAGGUAUCCGAUCGCGCGGAAAAAAAGAAAAAGAAAAAAAAAAAAAAGAAACAUUUCGCCAGAGCAGAAGCAAAAUUUUUCCCUUCAACGGGAGACCGGCCAUUUUCCGGAUGAUUGGACCUUGGCCUCCCGUUUCGAACGAAAUGGAAUCCCAACAACCUGCCAACGUUACAUGGGCUCAGUCGUUCGUGCUCGGCAUCCGGCUCGAACGCGAGCACGAGCGACGUAACGGCGGCAGAUUGGAAUCGCGAUUGCAUUUGUUGAUCUGACCAAAAAAAAAAAAAAAAAGAAAAAAAAAAUGAAGCUCUAGUGUAUUCGCCGUUGCUAAUAAACCAAAAGAAAAAAGAAAAAAGAAAAAAAAAGAGGAUAGAGGAACCACACAUUAAGCUAUGAACAAUCUACGUAUAAUGAAUGUAUGUGCUAUGGAAAACAAAAAAAGAAAAAAAACAUGCUAGCUGUUACGACUGAAUUCGUUUUCCUGUCCUUUCGACACACGUGUACACUUACAUACUUACACGAAACACGUAUAUACAUGCGUGUAAGAGGAACACACACACACACAUAUAUACGGAAGUAUAUCUCUGUGCGAUCUAUUUUUUUGUCACCUAUCAGAAUUCGAAUACAGAAGAAAACGAUACACGCGGAUAACGUGAUACACGUACACAAAUACAGACGAAUACCAAUACCUUCCUCCUCCGUUUACAUUGUAUUUGUAGAAUAUAGAUUUUGCCGGAAGACGCGGUUCCGUAAAUUAUUUUCCAUCGAUUUCGAACGAAAGAGCGAGAGCGUAUUGUAAUCACACCGGGAUGAUCGGAUGAUGACACGUUUUUAGGGAUGAUUAUUAUUUUCAUUACGAGUAUAUAAUACGUUUCGUUUUCUUUUUUUCUUCUUCUUCUUCUUCUUCUUCUUCCCCAAUGUUCCAAAUCGUACACACCGCCUGUAUUACCCGUUGUAAGCUCGAAAGGACACAUGUUGUGUGUGAUCGAAUAAUAGAGAUCCGUUGUGUAACAUACAUUGUACAUACAUUGUCGAUGUAUCACGCGCACGCUGGUGUGGUAUACCGAGAAAAAAGAAAAAAAAAAAAAAAAAAAAGAAACAAAAAAAAAAACGAGAAUUGUUACCGAGUUUACGAUCCUUAUGUUUCUCUCCUGAUUGUAUUGUUUCAGACGUGCUCGACUUGCACGCGAUUAAUUUAUAUCCGCGAGGUGGGCGAGGUUUUUGGUUUCAAUCUUGUCUUGGCGUGUAUAUUACGGAAAGAGUGGAAUAUUACAUAAAUUAAUGUACACAUUA